AUGGAAUCAAGAGAACAAAAGAUAUUUGAUUUAUUGGUUAAUCAAGAUGAUCAAUUGGAUAGUCUAUUAAAACUUGUAUCAUAUCAAGAAAUGAUAGACAUGAUAUUAACAAUCAUUGUUGAUGGUAUACCAAAGGAUAUAAACUUUAAAGAAGAAAAAGAAAAAGGAGAUAUUCAAAAAUGUUUAAUUGAUAAACUAAUAAUAGUUUUAAAUCAAUGUAGAUCUGAAACUAUCACUUCUCAAGAUUUAAUUUCUAAAUGGUUUGAAGAUGAUGGAGAACCAAAAGAAUUGUUAGAAUUAAUUUAUAAAGUUUAUGAAAUACAAGAUACAAGGAUGAGGGGUGAAUUGUAUAGAUUGAUGAAUUUUAUAAAUCAAAAUUGGCCAGAUAAAAUUGAUAUGAAAAGGAUAGUAGAUUAUGCAUUUAGAGAUGUAAGUGGAGAGAUUAUUGAAUAUUUGACUCGAUCAAUAGAUUAUACAAAGAAUAUAGAGUUGAUCUAUCAUUCUCUCUCGAGUCAAUUGAAAAGUGCAACAGAUUAUGAACAAGAAACAAGAGUAUUGGCAAUUGCUCAAAUGAUCUUAGAAUCAACUAUCAACUUGCCAGAAGAUCAACUCCUCCAAAUUGACCCAUUUUAUUUAUUAUCAAUUUCAGAAUUAAUAUUAAAUUCUCAAUUGUUGGGAGAAUUUCCUCAAUCAAUAGAAUAUUAUUCAAUGCAUAUUACAAUCUUUUCUGAAAAUAAUCAAUUUACAAAUAAUGAUUGUAAAAAAAGUAUAUCAAUAAUAUUAGAUUUAUUAAAAAGAAAAGAAAAUGAGAAUGCAGAUACAUGGUCAAUAUAUGUAGUUUCAUUGAUGUUAUUAAACAAUAUUUGUGGAAAAGAAAAGUUUGGAAAAAUCUUUUAUCAAUUGAUGCUAUAUACGAUCAAAGAGAAUGGACGUCCAACACGUCUAAUCAAUGCAUUUUUUCACAUUUUUGAUCGUAUUUGCCCAUCCUAUAUUGGUCCAUAUAUCAAUUACUUUUUAAAACUUAACAAGGUUAAAACAAUUGUAUCUCUAUUAUCAUCAACAGAGACUACAGUUUACUACAGUAAUAGAUUGUUUCCAAUUUUAGAUAGAGGUUUUAUUUCCAACAAGAUUACUGACCAUGUUGAUGACUAUGUACACGGUGGAAGAGUAGAGAUAUUUUAUAAUGUACUAUCAAUCUAUAUUGACAAUGUAGGCGUCAGACAUCAAGAUACAAUGGAUAUUUUUGAAAGAUUCUUGACCAUUACAUUAUCAUUUAGUCAUUCAAAUAUUGUUGACCGAUUAAUCCAACUAGUAGGUCCUCAAAACAUGACCAACCAACAAAUCAAUUUGGUAUUUUCAAACUUUUUAAAAUCUAUCAACAAUAAUAGUAAUGACGAGUAUUCUAUUAAUCUUGUGGAUAUUUCAAUGGCAUGUAGAUCUUGUAAUUUAAUUUUAACUAUUUUAAGAGAAAAUCAUCAUUUUAAAAUAGAUGAUGAUAUUUUACAAGGAUCCAAAAGUACAAUUUUAACAAUUGGUAAUCAAUUACCAAAAUCAUUCAUCCCUCCUUAUCUAUUGGUUUUAAAAUUAUUCAAUAACAACAAAGACAACAAAAUCAAGACAAAUUUAUUACAAAAACUUGAUGAAAAGUGUUUAGAUUUAUAUCAACAAUGGUCGACAAUAAUAGAAAGUUCAAAUUGGAUCAAUUUUAAAAACUCUAGUUUAAACAAUGAUCAACAAUAA